UUACUAUGAAAUAAUGUCAUUUAACUAUUCCUACCUAUAGAUAUGCAAGAUUAUUAUUUUGAAUGAGUUUUUGGAAAGUAGAUUGUAUGAAAAUUGCCUUAUAAUUGCUAUCAUUAUUAUAUGUAAAGUUUGUUAUGCCCUAUUAUUGAAGAAUUUAGCAUAAUUCAUAGAAGUUUGAUUGAAGAGAUAAAUUGUACUGCAUUACAUAACACUUGUUGUGCAAACUACAUGUAGACGUCCCUGAACUUGAAAGUGUGGCUGGGGCAAGUGAAUGCUGUUCCUUUAUUUGAAAAGGGAGCUUUCAUAAAAUUAUAGCUAAAUGUUCUUGAUAACACCCAGCAGAUCAACUAUAAACACUACUGUCCCCCUUUUUUAACCUCACAAUAAAUAGGGUACCUGUCCGACAUUUAUUGAUAUAUAUUUCCCCUGCUUUUUGACUUCUUUUAUAAUAUUAUUAAAUAUCUUAUUACAAAAAGCCUUGUAGCGUUUCAUCCUAUUGAAUAGACUGAGAUCAAGUUUGAAUAUAUCUUUUGUAGGAGAAUAACAAUGGCAUAUAAUAGGUCCAAGGGCAGUUGUGUAAUGAGUUGAAAGACUGCGAUAUUCGAUGCACAAAAAUAAAUUCCUAUUAUUGAAGAUGUAAACGCUUGAAUGGGCUAAAAUUAGAAUUUAAAUACACUCAAAUUUUCUCAUGUGGAGAUGAAUACAAUGAUUAUUUAACAUUUAUACUAGUGAAAAUUUUAUCAAUACAGUCAUUGACUGCUUUGGUUUAUUGAGUGGUGUUAUUAUGAUCCAUUGAAAAGUAUAAUUGAGGGGAUUGAUACCAAAAUAAGAAAGGAUUAGUUGACUUAGGUCAAACAGAAUGACAUGUCAUCUUGAUCAUGACAUCAAGAUUUAACAACUUUACUUCAAGUCAUGAACAUCAGUACUCCUCAUAAAGUACUAAAUAGAAAUAAAGAUGAGACUAUGAUUUAUUGUGCAGUUCAAUGGAAUAGUUUGUCAUUUGUUUGACGUUUGGGUCAACAACAUUCUGUAGCCUAAUGGGACAACAGAUGUCAGUUGAUGACCAGGAUGAGGGAUUCAAAAAUAUUAUAAGUCGUAUGCUACAGGAAGCAGAUGAAGAAAAUGAUUCUGCUAAAGUGAAUUCUGGGAAGAAAAGUAAUGAAAAGUUUAUAACAGAUUCAGAUGUAGGACUUGAAAAUAAAGUGAAAGUGAAUAAUUCUGAGCAAAGCACAACAAAUGAACAAAAGGAAAAGGAUAAAACUGAGCUAAUUGAUACUAAAACUAGUACCGAGCUCACUGAUGAUGUUUAUAAAAAAUCUCAUCUAGAGCCUAAUGAUGAUCUAUUCGAAAAAUCACAUGCUGAUUUCAGGGAAAAUAAAAACCUAGGUAUGAGUGUUUCAUCAGAAUUUAGAAAGUCUACUGAAAAUGCUCAAUCGCCAAAUUUACAAAAUAUUAAACAAGAGCAACAGACAGAUGAGAGUGGAUGUUUGGAAAAGGACCAGGUCAAAAUUACUAAAGAGAAAGAAAGUAUAUCUGCUCCUGGUAAGAAAUCAGCCACUCGCACGGAAAUGACAAAUGAAAAACUGAAAGAAAUUACAGCAAAACAUAAUGCAAAGGAUAAACCUAAAAGUUUAGAGACUGUAUUUUUAAAGGAUAGAAUUGACAAUUUAAUUACGAGUUGUUUGUCAUCCAAAAAUUAUGAAUCUGAUAUAGAAGGAAAAAAUAAAUCUGUAGUGGAUUCAAAUCAAACAUCGUUACAGUUAAUUAAACAAGAAAAUAGAGAUACAUUUGAUAGUAGUACAAGUCAUUCACUAUCAAGUAGAAGCGAAGAAGUCAACAAAGUUGUACAGGAUAACAAUACAAAUUUAGUACAGUCACAAAACUGUAAAACUGGAAAUCUUGAACAGGUGCAAAAUGUAGAAAAUCAAAACAAUUUGAAAAUGGAAAUAAAUACACAAGGAGUAUCAAAACAAAAGGAAGGGAAUCGUGAGACAACUACAUUUCAAACCCUAAUUGAAAAAGUUUUAGAUAAUUCAUUACAAAAAACUAAAUCAGUUGAUUCUGGACCAAAUUCCAAUGGGUGUAAGCAGGUGUCAGAGAAUGUAAGACAGAUAUCCGACAAUAGAAUCCCCAACAGAAAUCAUCUUCAUACAAUCAAAAAUGAAAUACGAAACGAACUAUUGGUCAAAGACACUAGUGAUAGACCAAGAACUGAGGCCAAACCACCAGAUGACAUGUCAAUCAAUAAAAGUAAAGUAGUUUAUUUAAAGGAUCAUAUAGAAAAGGUUCUGGAAAAGAGUUUUCAAAAUUCCUCAAAGAAGGACAACGAAGAAAUAAGGGGACAGGAGCGCACACCAUCUAAACAACCAGAUGAACGUUUCCAACAUAAAGAAAAUGAUCUAAGGACAAUUCAUAGGGAACGUAGUCAAAGUUUAGUAGGUGAACCUGUAAGGCAUUACAGGGACAGAAGUCAUAGUUUUAGUGCUCAAGAGGCAAGUAUAGAAAUGAAACGUCAUAAAUCUUUAGAGGCUUAUGAUUUAGAACAUUUGGGUCCUCCUAAAUUAAUAAAAGUGUCAGAUAUAUAUCCUGAUGUCAACAGAGAUCAAAGUCGUUAUCUCCAGCCCCCUAGAAUAGAUACAUUUGAUGGAAAUAGUCGGGGAUCAUUUAAAAGUGCAAUGUCACCAGGAGGAAGUUAUUCCAGAUCACCAUUAGAUCAGUCACCUGUAUCUCCAUAUUACAAUCAUAGUCCAAAUUCAUGGCAUGGACAUUCACCAAGAGAACAUGUAAUACCUUCAAAUUUAUCACCUAAACAAAAUGUGCCAUCCCCUGGUUACCAGUCAGCCCGAUAUCCUGUUUCUCCUGGAUAUCCACCUUCAAGGUACAGCAAUGGACCACAGGCUUCACAAAAACCAAUAAGUAAUAGGGGAUUUCAGCAGCCUUAUCCCCAAGCUGUUCCAGGUUAUCUUACCAAUUCACCUGAUAGUCGAACAAAUUACCAGACAGGCAACCAGCAGAUUUCACCUAAUGCUCAACAACAUAUGAAUCGAAACUAUCCACAACAUUUUUCAACACGACCAGUAGUCAGUAGUUCACAAAAUUUUCAUUCAAAUGAACUUCAUUCCAAGCACCAGAUGUCUCCAGGUCAACCAUACCAACAAGCGUCACCACGACAACUGCCGUAUCCAUCCAAUCAUCCACAGAUGUCACCAUCGCCUCACGUUCCGUAUUCAAAUGAGAGUACUCAGCAGAUGCCCCGGGCAAUGAUGCCAUCACCACAACAUUAUCCAACACAUUCUGAUCAUAAUCAAAUUUACCCACCAACAUCAAACAUGCAUCAUGUUAGACAAACACAUCCAGGUUAUUCUCCCAUGAAUAACAGAAAUAACGGUGCAGGAUAUGUGGACACACCAAUGAGAAAUGCUCAAAUAAGUCAGGUAGCUCCUAGAAUGGCAGGUCCAAUGCAUCGAUCUCCUCAGUAUAAUGUAGAAGGACAUAAUAGAAAUCCAUCAGUUUCAUCUGCUAUGGCUCUGGGUCCAGUGCCACCCCAACAUUACUUUAAACAGCAAUCCCAGAAACCACCACAACUUUUCCCAUCAUCUCCCCCAAUUCCAUCUGUUCGUGAAUUUCACCCUAAUAGAGCUGUAUUUCAGACUCCCCCACAUGCAGCUGUUCGACCAGAAACUAAAUAUAGGCAGCCUGAAGCAGUAGAAAUACCGCCAAGGAUACCAAGUCGUUCUGAAGAAAAAGUAAAUAGACAGCCCCGUCAUGAGCAUGCGUUAGACUUUUCAGUAAAUAGAGAAGAUUCUAAUGUUGAUCAAGACAUGCAGCCUUUAGACUUAACAUGUAAAGUCAAAACUAAACCGAAAGAAGUUCCAAUAACUCGACCAGCAAGUAAAUGUUAUUCUGGUUUUGAGUAUCUUGUUAAAGGACAGUUUGAAAAGGGUGUAUUUGAGGAGAACUCUGGUUCUCAUCCACAUAAACAAGCUGUUAGUUCACAAUACUCUUCACAAACUCAGGUAGCUUAUCCUAAUUAUGAAGCUCAAAACAGGACAGAAAACAUGCUCAGACCAUCUGAAAGUGAUACAGGUAACCGUAGUUACAGUCAGAUGCCAGUACAACAGUCUUUACAAGGUCAAAAUGAUUGUCAUAAUUAUAGACCAAAUUCUCGUGUACAAGUUACUAUGUCACCUCAGACAUCAAGUCUGAAUGAUGACAUGAUUUCAACUGACAAUUGCAUUAAAGUUCAAAGUCCAAUAAAUCAGUCAGUUCAUCUGCCGCAAGAUCAGAAAAAAGGACCAAAUGUUUCCAGGCAUGAACCAAUACAAAAUAUUCUUGGCAGUCAUUCCCCAACAGAUAUCUUGUAUUUGAUUUGUCGUUUAUGUGGUCAAACUUAUGGUAGUCCAUAUGGAUUUAGAAAACAUUUCAGAAACCAACAUGGAUUUGAACCACGAGCUGAGCAUACAAUUGUUCAAACAAUAUCUGAAACAAAAACUGCAAAAACUGCUUUGCUUUCACCAUCACCAAACCAACAAGCCAUAUUGGUUGCGCAGCACCCAAAUACUUUGUCUACGAGUUCUGUGGAUGAAAAUAAAAUCAGCGUGGCUGAAAACCCCAGGGCUCUCAGUCAUACUAAGACCAUGAGAGUCCCAGUCAAUCAAGAAGGUGAUACAGAAACUGUAGCUAUUGUAAAAGAAGAAAACAUGGAUUAUAUGUCGUCAGAUGGUGCAUGUGAUAUCCAGAAAAUGGAGUCUGAUGGUGGAAACAGGAAAUAUCUUGAGUGCCAUGAAUGUGGGCAGACUUUUCAAUUGAACGAUUUUGGUGCAUACAAGCGCCACUGCAGACAACAUGGACAUCCAAAAAUAAACAAUCCAUUUGAUCCUAGUUUUACUUCUGAUCAACAGAAUAUGAAUUCUAAUUCUGGAGAAGAUAUCAAAAGUAAAGACGAUUCUAGAGGGGACAUCUCAAAUGUGUGUAAAGAAUGUAAUAUACCGUUUGCCUCAUCUGACUUUUUAAAGGAGCACAUGAAUUCAAUACAUCCUGAAAUAACGAUUUAUUCUUGUUCAACAUGCAGUGAUAAAUUUUUAGAUGAAGCUGCAUAUCAAAUUCAUAUAAAAAGUCAUAUAGAAACCAAGGAUACAAAUGACGUUACUGUUUCUAUGAAAAAGAGACUCAUUGGAGAUUUUCAGAAAGGUCAAUUUGAAAGUAAACAAGAGGAGAUAAUAUCUUCAACAAGUGUUACUAAAAGUGCAGCAGACUCAAUGGUCAUCACAGCUAGUCCUGACAGCAGUUCAGAUAUGAUAAAGAAAACAUUAUCUGUUGUCGACAGUCAGACAGGACCUCUUACUCCAAAUGUACAAUCACAAUCUGAUAAACAGUCAAAUGAAUCAGAUUCUAAUUUGGAAAUUAAAAUGGAGAUUUCACGCCAGAACAGUUGUGACUCAGCAACACAGAAAAUAGAUGACAGUAGUGAUAGUGAUACUCUUUACCUUCAUAAAAAGUUUGGUUCAAAACGCAAAUUUAUAACAAGUUUGAAUAAUGAUGUCAUUGAACCAAAAGUAUUUAGAAAGGAUAAAAGUCCUGGGAAUACAAGAAGUCCUAGUGUAUUGUCAACAAAUAGCUGUGAUUCAGAACAGCCAGAUACUAAAUCAGAAUCUGAUCAAGAAUCUAAUAUAUCUAGUUUGAAUAUGGAUGGUAUGGAUGAUUCAAAACUAGGUAAAUGUUCUGGUAAGACUGAAGCUAGGCACCAAUUGCCGUUUGUAUGGGACCGAGUAACUCGCAGUCAAGUUGGAAGAAAACCAGCAAAGAAUUGAAAUAGAAUGUUUUGAUAUUGAUAUUAUUGUGUCAUACUUGUUAAUGAAGUCAUUUGUUAUAAAUGGCGAACAUUUUAAUAUCAGAUAUUGUCAACUUUUUUCUCUCUCAAUUUUUAUACAUAUAUUUCAAAGUGGCCAUUUUAUAUGAGUACAAUGGAUCCAAAAACAUAAGGCUUCUAAUAUUUGAUUCUAAGAAUUAUGAAGACCUAUACUAUAUGGUCAAAUGGUCAGUUUUAAAUUGAUUUGUAUAAAAGUAUAUACUAAAUGAAUUUAGCAUUGAAAAGCUUGAACAUAUUGAAAUAAUUCAAAUAUAAAUUAUAAAAAAAAAUACUUUAAGAAUAUUAAGAUUUCUGUAACUUGCAUGGUCUAAAGGGCCAAUUUUAAGCUAUUGCCAUCACUUGACAUCUGUUGUCUAUUGUUAAUAUAGAUACAGGGGAAUGGUCAACCAUAUGUCCCCAUUCAAAUGCAUUGAUCCUCCCCAAAAAAAUGGGGGUUCCAACCCCCUGGAUCUACCACUGAGAUAUUACACGAGUGCUACAGGCUCCUAUCAGUUAACUUUUAUUUCUGAGAGGAUAAUUCAAAUAUUGAAGGUAACCAAGGGAAUCUUUGGAAUUAAGUUCAUUUGCUCAUUUCAAUUAAGACUGCUGUUGACCAUGUUGUACCUCAGACCUCAGUCAGUUGAUUGUAUUAAUGAAUUUAAAGUGCCAAUAGGAAAUAAGAUUAAUAUAGAUUUUAGAUAAGAUUUUGGUGCUUAAUGUUUACUUUGAUAAACAAAAAUUACUGUAAAUUCUGAAAUUUUAGAUGUUUGUAUUAUUGUGAAAUUUGCAUCUGGAUAUGUUACAUAAGAAUUAUAAAUGCAUUUAAAUUUUGAUAGCAUUAUUCAUAAGCAGAAUGAAUUGAAAUUAUAAUCAUGAAACUCACGUUUUUGCCUAUUCAGGCAUUGUCAACAAUCUCAAUAAUAAUUGCAGACAAAAAAUUCUAAAUUUACAGUGCAUGUUUAAUUUAGAAGAUAAAUCAAUGUUUAUUUUAAAAUUCAAUGAACCGUUAUGUUAUAUUUUCUAUCCAAAAUGUCAGAUGCUAAAAAUAUGAAUUUAUAUUGUCUAGACUUCGGUAUAGUAACAACAGAAUGCAUUAGAUUCAGGACAACAUUUAAAUCAACAAUUGUCUUUUAAAAAGUUUUGUUGUGUUUCGUAACGAUCAUUUUUUACCAUGUACUGUUAUCAGAUAUUUGAAUGAAUCAAUGCAUAAUUUGUACAUAGGCUUACAUUAGAUGUAUGUACUCAAGGUGAUAUUUUGUACAACGAAAUAUAUGAGUGUUUAGAUUAGCCUGUACCAUUUGUUAUGUUUGAAAGUUGUUAAUGUCUUCAUACUAAUUGUGAUUAUUUCAUAGUUCUGGGAAAUGUAUUAGAAGUGAAAGAACUUCUAUUUUAUGCCUACAUUUUAGGCCAUGGACUAAAUUAUUAUCUGUGGCUCCUAAUUACAUGUAUAUUUUAUGCUUUUUGCUUAGUUUUUGUAAUUUCAAGAUUUUUAUUAUUUGAUGUGAGCUUUUAUGUAGGUGGGUUUUUGUUACUCGUUAAAUCUUUUAUUAGAAACUGGCAAAUUGUAGCAUAAAAAGAAAUUUUGCGAAAAAUAAAAUUAUCAUUUCAAAAGGUUUAAUUCUCCACCCCUUUUUGCAUAAGGCUGAUGGAAUACAGUGAAGGGUGUUGUCCCAUAGAAUAAAUAUAUUUUUACCAAUAAUGAGCACACUGUAAGGAUGUAGAUUGUGAUUCCAACAGAAUGAAUCGCAAAACAAUUUGAGCUUACAUUGUUGGUGCAUACUUUAUCCAUCCAACUCCUACAGUUUCAAACUGAAAUAUUUCCCUUCAUUUAAUGUUUAAAGAUAUGAAACAUAUGUGCAUAUUGUCAGGUCAAUUUAGUUAAUCAAAUAUGGAAAAAUACUUUAACUAGGUCAAUAAUCAACUAUUUCUUUAUGUACAUAUAGUACAACAUGUAGGUUGAAACAUGUGUGUCUUACAUACAUACGUAGGUUAUACAUACAGAGAUGUAUGUUAAUUGCAGUGCUAACAACAAAAUACAGUUCACCCAAUUAAAUUCAGUGCUUAAAGACUUUUUUAUUUUAUGCAUUAAUAUGGCUUAAACUUUUGUUUUCGAAUAGUUAACUCAAAAAUCUUUUUCUUUGUAUUAAAUGAUGGUUAAUGUCCGGAGUGGAAUAUUUUAAAUAUAAAUUUAGAUCAAUUGCAUUUUAAGGUCAUACUAGACCAACAUGCCAAGUAGGAUUUUUCACAUACCAGCUAAUUUGUUAACAGUAAAGUUAGUUCAUCUGACUAGUGAUCACUAUUCUAACUUCUUGCCUAGCAUUUUGUUGCUGGUUUGUAAUGACUAAUUUUUGGAGAGUCUGGUUUGUCCCAGAUGUUCUUAAUUGCUAUUAAGUUAGUUAAGGAUGUUGGGAUAAAGUUCAAUUAAGUCCUGGUCACUUGCUGUUAAGCAUAAUUUCAGCCACCCUCCUUAAAUGUUUUUUGUGAGUAAACAUGAGGUUACCAAGUUUAAGGGGGUUCGCGGGUCUAAAUCAUUUAUAUAGGAUUUCUCUAUAAUUUUCAAUAAAUGAACUUUAUCUUAAAGUUAAUAGAAAAAUAAAAUAAAAAAGUGGGGUCACCGUUCAUUUGCGCUCACAAUCUGCCUACGAAAGAAGCAUACAUUUUUGUAAAAAUGGCUUUUUUCUGUUGAAGUAAUAGGAAAAAUAAAGGUAAUAUCGAAAUAAAAAAAGAAAUUUAUUACAGAAAUCGCUCAAAUUUUACAAUAAUUUAGUUUAAGUACAGCUUAUAUGGAAAUUAUAUUAAAAAAUAUAGGUCACCGAUGUGUUGAAAAAGAUAUUUCAAUUUUAAAGCCAAAAAAUGGCAUUUUUUUCACCAAAGGGAGAUAAUUUGGAACUUUUUCAAUGAUGUAUACAUUUUAAAAGUCAUCUGGGGCCAACACGAAUUGAUUGUUUUGAAAGAUUUUUGUCCCAUAUGAUAAAGUAACAACAACAAAAGGUAACAAAUGAAAUUUGUAUUGAAAAACAAAUGUUUAAUUUUUUCUGAAAUUUUUAUACCCUCGAGCCUCCUUAAGAUCCUAUCCAUGUCAAUUUCCAAACAAUUUUUUAAUGAUUAACCAUAAAGUAUGUGUAUCUCAUUACCACAUAUUUUGUUUAGAAAACAAUUAACAUGCAAGGUGAAAUAUUCCUACUAUGGACAAAGGGAGAUAACUCAAUUAAAAAAUAUUUCCUAACUACUAUUUCACCAUACACAUACAGCAAGAUUAAGCCCCUCAAUGCACUUUGGUUUUAUGUAAAACCUUUGUUAAAAUCCUGCAUUUUAGUAGUAACUGCUUUUACUAUAUUCAUAUCUGAGCUAAAAAGAGCUUAAGUCAAAAAAGGGUUUCUGUGCAUUUAUUUAAACUUAAAGGGCUAACAUGGUUGGAAGUGAAAUUGAUCAUGUUUGUUUUAAUGAAUUAAUAUUUUGUGAAAGCUUUUGAUGACCCUUACUGACAUAAACCCUAGGUUUCUCCCAAGAAAUACAAGCUCUUUUAAACUAUAGUUUGGUAUUGUACAAUGUUAUGGUGCUAUUGAAUAGAUAAAGCUAACAAGCAUUGCUCAUUGAUUGUAGACAUAUUUAUUUAAUUGGUGUUUAGCUCAUAUGGACCAAAGGGUUAUUUUGAGGUAUAUGCAGCAUGUAUGUCAUCCAUUUAGUGACUCUUUUAUUUUCAACAUCCCCAUUAAAAUUGAUACAAACUUUGCAGAACUAAUGUAUGAAAGUUUCCAUAUGGAAACAAGUUCUUUGGUCCAGUCAGCCAAAAUAUCAUUGCUGCUAGAAUUAACUCUUAAGUCUGAUUGGUCAAGGAAAAGGUCAAUGAAUGCAUUUAACCCUUAAAAUCACAAUACUGCAAGAAAUUGGCAGUAACAGUGUUUUAUCAUGUUAGUAUUUUCAUUUUCUCACAAAUGAUCAUUUUGGUCAGAGCAUGUAGGCAAUGUUUCUGAAAUCCAAAUCAUGUAUAUUGUUGUGACUUUAUAAUGGCAUGAUAAAAAAAAAUUUGUAAAAUAGCUCAAUUCAGGUAUAUCAAAAUAUUUGUAUGUAAAAAUAGUGCUAUAAUUUCAGGUUUGAAUUCUCAUGGAUUUUCUGUAACAUUUUAACCCUUUGCUUGCCCUGCAAAACAGGGCCAAAGGAAAAGAAACUAAAUCUACGUUAGUGUUGUAAUUAAGUUUGCAAUCUACAUAUAAUGUGCUAUUUGAUGAUUUGGAGAACAUGCUAAAAAUUUCUAAAUUGUAAGAUCUGAAAUUAGACUGUUAGAAAAAUGUAACAGUAUAGAGACGGGACUCUCAUAAUAAUCCAGUUUAGCAGAACAAAUAGUAAGUGCUAUUCCUACUCUGAAAUAGAAUUCUUCUUUGUUAUCUAUGUUACAACAAGAAAUAGGCUAUGACAUAUGAAUUUAAUAUUCUGAACAGUGUGCAUGCAAGUUCCAAACUUGUAUUACCAAUUGAUUUAUGUAGGAAACUUUUACUCUCUAUUUUAUAUUUAUUGCCAUGGUGAUGACAAAAUAUUUAAAUUUGAAAUAUAUAGCACUAUUUAUCUUAUGCACAAGGGUGAAACAAGUUGUUAAAUACUGGAUAAGGCCAUAUGUGUUUCAUUUAAUGAUAAAUGUAUUUUAGGCCAAUCCGUGUUGUAUUUUUUUCAGUGGAAGAACUUUAAAAAGUUUUUAGUUCUGCUUUAAAUUUUAAGUGAUUUCAAUCAUUACUUCAUAUUAGGACCAGAAGGAUAUUAGUGGCAUAUUUAUGACUUCAAAUAGAGAUAGUAGAAACUGUUUGGGAUGUUUAAUUGUUUUAUGAUGUUGUGUGUUUUAAAUUUAUUCAUUCUUGUUAGACAAGACAAAAUUGAAGCAGAUUGUUUCCUUAUUUUAACAUAAAAUGUUAAGACUAUUGUAAUUUGGUUGUACAAAAAAAAAUCCUUAAGAAGAUACUCAAAUUAGGAGUAAAAAGUGCACCCUGUGCUAUCAAAUUAUUUUCCGGUACUCAUUGGUUGGUAGGCUAAUUUUUGAAUUGUGCCUUUUUAAUAGCUUAAUGUUACAAUUCAAAGAUUUGAUUGUUUCUUCAAUUAUUGUUUAAGUCAACAAUUGUUUUUUCAUGAGAUGAUUAAGAUAAUAUUUUUUAUUUUUACUACAGUACAUAUUUCACUAAUUUAAACAAUGGUUUGGUCUCAAGGGAGACAAUCCUCACAGGUCUAUCCAAUGAUUGGGUUAUCCUUUAUAAAUGAAUUAUUAAAGCAACCUGGUAUAUCAUGUAAAUAUGCUUUUGGACUGUUAAAGCUAGUACUGUAAUAGUUUUAUAAUUUUGUUCUACAAAACAUAAUCAAGUCAGUUUUCAUUUUUUACUUGAUUUGUACACGUUAAAGUGUACACUACUUGUGUUGUUAAAUUAAUACAGAAAGUAGAAAACAUUUUCAUUCUACAUCCUGGUAAGAUUAUUUUCAUUCUACAUCCUGGUAAGAUUAUUUUCAUUCUACAUCCUGGUAAGAUUAUUUUCAUUGAUACAAUGAUUACUUGUUUACAUAUUUACCAAUUGAAAUUGAUACAUGCAGAGUGUUUUUGUAUUUGAAAAAGGCUUAACUUAACAAAUAUUUGAAACUAUUUAUCCACUAGUCAAAUUGAAUUUACUCAGAUUCUGCAUAGCAGGACAGCCAUGCAAAUGAAUUUUCAAUAAUUGAAACAUUUCUUGAAAUUAGUCUUACUAUUAGUAGCUAAAAAUCUAUUAUUGCUUGUUUAACAAGCUUUGAAGUAUAUGUUGAGAUGAAUCAUACACAGUUAUUCUGAAAUCCAUAGAGUAGUGCUUAUCACAGAUCCUUAUGCUAGUUCAUAUAGGAUCAACCGUCCAUCAUGAUCACAUUUAUCAUAAUCAUGAUUAUGAGUGCUUAAAGCCAAUUUUUAUUGUACAUUGUUGUAUGUUGUUUUGCUUGCCAAAGGCAAACUGUUGACUUGUUGGACAAUUGAUAUUGGAUGCAAUAAAAUUGUUUGUAUAUUAUAAAA